GGCGGGGUAUUGCAGAGCUUCAGGCGUCUCUAAACUGAACUGACUCAGUAAACAUGACCUGCAACAAAUAGAUUUUGAACAAUUCCGUGGAGUAUGCCACUUAAACGUUUGGCAACAACUAAUACGCGAUUAUUUUUCGUAAAGCGCAGCUGAGGUGGGCCUGAUCCAGGGAGAGGGAUUUAUUAUCUUGCUGCAUUCCUGAUGGAGUCGUACAGAGUCAAUCAGCCGGCCCGCUCUUCCAGGCCUCACAAUGGAGCUGGCUCCUAUGGCCUCAGCAUUAGGGUCCAGGGGAUUGAUGGACACCCGUACGUGGUGCUGAACAACCAGGACCGUGGGUCCAACUCCUAUACAGAUCCUAAUAGUAACGGCUACAAUGACACACAGGGAUCCUUUAUUGACAACUACCAUGAGUAUGACUUCAAAGAAAGCAGGGAGGCUGUUUCUGACAGCCCCUUUGUUGAGUACAGGUCCCAGAAACAGAUGCAGUUUGGGGGCUCUCACAAUGGAGUCACAGAGCAGGGGAAGAAGCCAGCGUCCACCCUGCUGAACUUCCAGAGGCACCCAGAGAUCCUCAAGCCUUAUGACCCAGAGAACAACACCUUGAACCUGGACGGUAACCACAGCAUGCCUUCCCGGCCGAUGUCCCUGGCGGAGACUGGGAGCACCUACCAGGGCUCUUCUCCCAGAUCCACCUCCCCAGUAGUCGCCCAUGCCAGGUCAUCCAGCCUGGGUCAUAGGAGGAGUCCUGCCCUGCAGGAGAGAACACAGCCUCAGCCCAAGCCCCAGCCCCAGCCAGCCCCCUCUAAGCCUCAAACCAAACUAGUCCAGUCUCAAUCCAAGCCUCAAGCCCAGCUGGCUCAGCCACAGUCUAAGMCUCAGAYCCAGGUGGCCCAGCCCCAGUCCAAACYCAAGUCUCAGCACCUGUCCAAACCCCAACCCCAGUCUCUGCCACAAUCCAAACCCCMGUCUCCWCCCCAGUCUCAGUCUCCACCCCAGYCCCAGCUGCCCCAACGYGUCCCCAUACCCCAGCCCUAUGCUGUGUCCAGCCCUCCCAGUGAGCAGACCAAGGCUUCCUGCCAGUCCGCCAGCUCCAUUAACAGUGCCAACUCUAGCCUGGAGCGCAGCCGCCAUGAGCCAGACAUCCUCCCCCUACGCAGAGUUGACUCCAGCGGCCCCGUGCUGCAGUCCUCGUCCCGCUCCCGCCACUCCUCUACCUCCUCUACCGACCAGCUGGAGGCGCUGUACGCAGAUACCAUCAACCGCCACCAGAACCGACGCUACAUYCCCUUCCAACCCGGCACRGGCCGAGACAUYGACACAGGCUCCAUCCCCGGCGUGGAYGAGCUCAUCGRCAAGUUUGACGGUAAGGAUGGUGGUCACCAGCGACGGGGCAGGGCGGGCCGCAGGAACAGGAUYAAYCCAGAGGACAGGAAGCGCUCUAGGAGUGUGGACAGCGCCCUUCCCUUUAGCCUCCRGGGAGAGUCGGAAUACAUGGAUGAGUUUAGCAAGAACCAGGGGAGGUCCACGGAGCACGUCCUCCGCCCCUCACARCUGUAUCUGCAGAAGRUGUCUGGGAGUAAAGACUCCUGGGUGACAGCGGUGGAGGGGAAGCCAAGUGCCAAAGCUWCGGCCUGUGGUAGCAGUGCUCCAGGCUCCCCUCAGAGCAUGACCUCUAAAGCAGCAGGCUCCAUCCAGGGGUAUAAGGYGGUGCUAAAUCGCUCCUCUACGUUACCCCUGGACAGUACAGAUGCUGAGGAUGGUCAAUCUUCACCAAGCACAAAGAUUUUAACAAGUGUGGCUACAACCUCKCUAUCCAWGCCUUCCUCUAACUUKGGCAAGAAGCCUAGUGCAGAKWUGGAUGUGCAGGUGACACCUGAUCUUUUGAAAGGUCAGCAGGAGCUUUCACAACAAACACAUGAAGAGACGGCAAAACAGAUUUUGUUUAAUUACCUCAAGGAUGGGAGCACUGAUAACGAGGACACCACCAAGAGGAAGGUCAACCUGGUGUUUGAGAAGAUCCAGACAUUAAAGUCGCGGGCAGCGGGGAGCGACAACAAAUCUCCUGACAUGGCUACCCAAGCCAAAGCCCAGGAACAGAGGGUAGCACUGGAGAAGGAAGUUGUUGAACUGAAAAAGCAGCUGGAGGAGCAAACCAAGAAGCAGAUGGGUCUGACUGAGGCACAUGAAAAAGCCGGAGCGGAGGUGAAGGACCUGCAGACGGAGCUGGAAAGGAGCCAGGAGGAAUGCUCCCGACUGAGGGACAAACUGGCCAAAACAGAGGCUGAGCUCCGCACCACACUGGAGGAGCUGUUCCAGGUGAAGAUGGAGAGGGAGCAGUACCAGACGGAGAUCAGGGACCUGCAGGACCAGCUGUCAGAGAUGCACGACGAGCUGGAUGGCGCCAAGACGGUGGUGACAGACGGAGAGAAGGAUGCCAUGAUGGAGGAGCUGAUGCAAAUGAAGCUGGACUUACAGGAGGUGCUGCUGGCCAAGGAGGAGCAGGAGGAGGUGCUGAGGAGGAGGGAGAGGGAGUUGACUGCCCUGAAGGGAGCACUGAAGGAGGAGGUUGCCACACACGACCAGGAGGUGGAUAAACUGAGGGAGCAGUAUGAGAAGGAGAUCCGCAAGCUGCAGACGUCUGUGGAGAAGGCCAAACAGAGCAGUGCUGCAGUGGGCAAGGAGAAGGCUGAAGUGGAGGCAGCCAAGGGGGCAGUGGAGGGCCAGGCGGGACGUCUUAGCCAAGAGGCCGAGAAGCUGAGAAAGCGGGCACAGGAGCUGGAGAACGAAGUGGCCAAACUCAACCGCAUCAUUGAUGAUGCCAAGCUACAGGAGAGCAAGCUGGGGGACAGAGUCAGCCGGCUUGAGAUAGAGAAGAGGCAGCUGGAAGAGUCUUUAGAAGAAAUCAAGGAGCAGGAGGAGGAGAUGUCACGUGCCAACCGUGCUCUGACCACAAGGUUAGAGGAUGUACAGAGGAACUUGACCAAGCUGAACCGUGACCACAGAGAGCUGGAGGAGAGGCUGAAGGAGGAGAGUAGUCAGAAAGAACAGUUCAAGAACACUAAGAAUGAGAUAGAGGACGAGAGGAGUCUGCUGGACCGCACAGUGGAGAAACUACAGAGGGAGAUGAGUGAGAUCGUGGAGGCCUCUCAGUCAUCCACCCAGGAGCUGCAGGAGCAGAUAGACGUGUACAAGGAGAAGAACCGUCGGGAGCUGGCUGAGCUUCAGAGACAGCUGAGGGAACGGGGUGUGGAGCUGGACAAGUCCUGUCUGGCUGCUAAGUCCCUGCAGGAGGAGCUGAGCCAUGUGGAGGAAGACCUGAGGCAGUGUAAGAGGGAGAGGGAUGAUUCGGUGMUCAAGGAGAAGGCCCUGGAGCAGAAAGUCUAUGACCUGGAGGUGGAGGCAGAGACCAAAGCCCACUCCAAGGAUGACAAAUUCCGACAGGUCAAACUCAUGGAGGACAGGAUCAAUCAGCUGGAGCUGGAUCUGGAUGAGGAAAAGCAAAGUGGAGACCUGCUGAUUGUCAGGAUAGACCGAGGCAGAGAACAGGUGGAGCAGAUGAGGAAUGAACUCCUGCAGGAGAGGGCUGGCAGACAGGACCUGGAGUGUGACAAGAUGACUCUGGAGAGACAGAACAAGGACCUGAAGAGUAGAAUAGCCCAUCUGGAGGGCUCCCAGAAGUCUAACAAGGAGGGCCUGGUGAGCCAGCUGGAGAGCCGGAUCCAGGAGCUGGAGGAGAGGCUGGAGGGAGAGGAGCGGGACCGUGCCAACCUGCAGCUGGUGAACCGGAGGCUGGAGAGGAAGGUGAAGGAGAUGAUGGAAUGCAAGUGAUGAAGAGCACCACUCACUGCAG